AUGCAUGUUGAUGGAGGCAAGGCGCCCCGGGGGUUUUGGGCACAAUGUGCUGCGUUCAUCGCACCAUUCCGAACUCCUCUCACAGCUUGCUCCGAUCGAGGCUGGCGCCCGAUAGCUUUGCGUCCGCCGUACCUCGCUGGUUUGGCAUGCUGCAUCCUUAGCAUGUUUCUGACCCUAGAAGGAAUCCGGCAGUAUAGCAAUCGGGAGGGUGGCCUCGUCUUCUUCUCCGACACUGAUGAUGUCUCUUCCGCUCAGUCCUUCCUGUAUAACUAUCUACCCAUCAUCAUAUCCCUAUUGCUGCUUAUGGUGUGGACUAUAACCGACUUCGAUGUGCUUCGACUGGAACCGUAUUUCCAAUUAUCGCAACCCGAAGGCGCCCCGGCGUCCGUCUUGUUUAUCAACUAUAACUUCGGUCAGACAGUCCUUACCCCCAUAAACGCCGCACGCCGCCAUCAUUGGGUUGUAUUGUGGGUUUCAUUGCUCACACUUUCGAUUCGAAUGGUUCUCCCGGCCUUGACAAGUACGAUGUUUGAGCUUCGUGAGGUGGACGUGAUUCAGCAUGCGAAUAUGAAAAGCUGGCCCUACCUAGUCGAUCUGGAGAGCCAGGCGAGUUGGAUGUCGACGCAGGCAAAUCACUCGAUGGAUUCGGUGCUCUCGUCCGAUAAGAAAGUACACCGCACACGAUCAGCGAAUUAUGCGAUUGCGCCUGUGGAAAUACCUGCCGAAGACGGUGAGGGAGACACGAUGUGGACCAUGGAUCAAACCUUGUACUGGUCUGAUCUGACCUGUAUUGAUGUCCCCGUGGAUGAAUCGCUCUCGUCAGUCACCAUCAACGAAACCGUUUCCAGCUCCGGCUUUCCCACAAUCUCAUGGAACGCGACAGGUACCGACGCGCAGGAUGACUAUAACACCUCAUCGACGUGCACGUUGGAUUUUAACUACUCGAGUAUCUUCUUCUCAGGAACAAACUAUCUCCAGGUCCGUUAUUGGGAACCCGUCAUCACUCAAUCGGCAGCAGCGGAGUAUCCCAAUCGCACGCACGCUUUCACCACUACUGGCUGCGACCCACACGAUCUAUAUGGCAUGCUGAUCUCUGUGAAUGCCACUGGCAAUGCUUCAUCUGAUCCCGAUUACGCUGCCUCUGGUGUUGCGUUCGCGUGCGAUAUCUCUUACCAUAGAGCCGAAGCAAGGAUCCAGAUGCACUCGAACAGUUCUAUCACUUCCAUCCAUAUUCACCCAGCCACGACCCGUACGGUUACAUCAGAAGAGUUCAAUAUCGCCCAAUUCCAGGCUCUGCUUUCGGAGCACGCUCCUUACACCAGUGAUAUGUUGUUUAUCAGUGAUAACACAAGUACUGGGGCUCAGACGGUAACGGAAUUGCCUGUGAUUAGUGUGGAAACGGGCGAUCUUGAAUCACUUCUCAUGUUGGACACUGCCGCCAUCAUGACUCAAGCUGAAUUCAAGGCUCGCAUUCGUCGUGACGUUAAGCAAACAUUCGUCCUCACCCUUGGCCGUCUCUUCGACCCGGAUCGCGAACCAACCACCGUCUCUGCAACCAGCUCGACAAAUAAAGUUGCCAUCGCCAUCGUGAAUUUUGCCGCCCUGUGGUCUGAGCUCAUCCUCGCAUUGGCGGCUUUGACCUCGAUAUACCUUCUAUUCUUAUACCGGUCGCGCGAAACGUUCCUUCGAAGUGAUCCCGGCUCAAUUGCCGCCAUGUGCAGCAUCGCCGCCGAUGUUCUCCACCCUUCCAACAUCCUGGCCGACCCCAACACCGACUUUCACCAAUUUUCUACUCGACAACUGAACGUCAUCUUUCAAAAAGCCCGUUGCUAUUGGCGCCCCACUCCAUCUGGAAAUCGACUUGAAAUCCUUGCUGAAGAUGGGUCGCCAGUGCAGCUCGGAGACGAUACACGAGUCCGUGUCGAUCGGAUGCCUCAUUUUCUUGUGGUCCCGUUCUUCAUCAUUGAAUUUUGCCUCUUGGCUGCUGUCAUCAUACUGAUGUGCCUUGUGGUCGCUUCGUUAGCUCGAGAUGGCAAAUUUCGUCACUUGACACAGUCCGACUCGAGCUCUCUACAAGUUGUUCUGUCUAUUCUCCCCUCCGUUGUGGCUUCCUCCGUUGGCUCCUUGUGCACGUCCAUUCACCGCAACAUAAGUGUCCUGGAGCCGUGGGUUCACCUUCAGCGAGGAAUGGCCACUGCUCGGGCUUCGCUAGCAACCAACUAUGCAGCCCAGACUCCCUCCGCGAUAUUCUUCAAAUCCGUCCGUAACAAACAUAUUUUGUUGAGCCUGGUAUCUUUCGCAUGCAUAGUCAAUAUGGUGCUGACUGUCGUCGCGGGUGGUCUGUUCACCCAAGAGUUGACGACUUCCAACCUCACAACCACUGACUUGGCCAUGAACUAUAGCCAGUCAACGAUGUGGAAAAGCGAUUUCUCGGCUGAAUUUACAGAGUAUGAUUUGAUCCAGACUAGCAUAAUGAGUGGUGUCCCUAUGCUAUCCUGGACUAGCACUAAUGAGUCCUUCAUCCCCGUUCACAUAAAAAACCGUGACCCUGACGUAAUGUACGGCGCGGAGACCCUUGGCAUCGGGGCAGCAAUGGAAUGCAAAGCUUUGUCCCCUGAAGAUGGCCUAUUUCACAACGAAACAACAGGCCACUACUAUUGGCAGUACUCGAUGUUCCACAACUCCUCUGUUGAAUGCACUGCACCCAUGCCAUCCCAGAAUAAGAACGAGGGUAUCGCCCUCUCUAUUCAUUUCCUCUCGCCAAAUGAUGUGAAUGGCAGCAGUGUCUGCCAGACGUCAACUGUUCUGGUUGUAGGACGUUGGGACUAUUUGGCCGAUAGCGAAAUUACCGAUGAUAAUACCAUCGCUGUGCAUUGCGAGCCUCGAGUGCGGAUGCAAAACUAUUCCGUUGAAUUUGAUGAACAUGGACAGAUCAAGAGUCACACGAUCGUUGCAAACACGUCUACAACAGAAGGUGACAUGUACGAAAACGCCACUGUCAGCCUCGGACAAUUCAACAAGGUCUUCGCCGCCAUUCCUGACAGUUACGUUGGUAAUACCACAGCCAUCAACGGGACAUACAAUAUUUCUUCCUACGACUGGGCUGGAUUCCUAGUCGCGCGUCUUUAUCAACGUGAAGACCCUGAUUUCGAUUCCCUGGAACCCGGUCGCCUCAUAGACUUGACUCGGCACGUUUACCAAUGGGUUUACAGCACAUAUUUCUCUAUCUGGCGUGACAUCUAUUUGGAACCACUGCAGCACCCAGUCACCGCCACCAACCCCAUCGUCAUUCGAAGCACCUGGGCUAUGAUAGUGUCCAUUCCGUCGCUAGUAAUUGCCUUUAUUAUCAUUGGCUUCGAUACGUUGGUGGUGCUCCUGGUAUUUGGAACCCGGCGUGGACGAUUUCGAGGCCCACGAAUGCCACGCUCCAUCGGUGCCGUUGUUCCUUGGCUUGCACACAGUCGAAUGCUGAGUGACUUCAGGACCACUCAUGCCUGGACUAACUCCAAAAGACGGGAGCAUCUUGCUGCUUUGGAUAGACGUUAUGGGUUCCGUAUGUUCUUGAGCCCGGAUGGUCGCUGGCGAUUUGCCGUGGACGAAGAACCUCCCCAAAAACUGCCCGAUGAUUCACAAGAUACCCAAAAUACUAUUUCCGACUCUGAUCCGGAUGUGGAUGUCGCUGCCGAUGCCGAUGGUGCGAAUAAGUCUACCUCUAUCCAGUUGCAAGAGCUUACCGAUCAGCAACCACGGGCUCGGGAAUCACCAUCUUAA